GGCUCACUGUGGUGGCCCUUAACAACAACAACAACGCCACCGCUGCUACUCCAGGAGACAGGAGUCACUUACCUUCAUUACUUCAUUUAUUUAUCCCUCAUUAAUGAAGUAAAUGAAUUGGUACAGAUGGGUGAGAAAAUAAGGAGAGGUCAGUUGAGCUUCUGGGUAUCAUUGAGAGAUGUCAGUGACACUGAAGCUUCUAAAUUGCACAGGAACUCCUCUGCCUUGGAGUCUCUUCCAUAUUUCUGUACAACAGCAAAUCUACCAAGUGCUGUGGUCUACUUAUCACAGGAACUACAGGGAAUGGGUCUUGGUUGUCCACUUAUUGAAACAGGAAGCCAAAGAGUUAAUUUGGUGGCUCUUAUUAAUACCUGUUGGGAGGUGACGCAGUUGUAUCGUGCUUCUGCUCGAGACAGUAACAACCUUCUUGACCAGAGGAGAAGAGAUAUUGCUGAUCUUAACCACUGCCAGAGCAAUAUAAAAGAUCUGCGAGGAAAUGUGGAGGAAAAAGAGCGGCUGGUGUGUGAUGCUCAGGAGAAGGAACGACAAGCAGUUUCUGUUAGUAAAGCUUUGGCUUCCAAACUCAAGGCUGAGAAAGAGGAGGUACGGAAAUUAAGUAGUGUUCUGCAGCAGCGAGAAGUUCACCAUCAACAUGAACUUCGGAAGAAAGAGAUUGAGAAUAACAGACUUACUGAGCGUCUCCAUCGAUUAAUUUCUGGAGAUCGCUCAUCAGAGUUACGACCUCCCAGCAUGACAGUCUCCAGUACACUAGCAAGAACCAACCGCUCAAGAGCUAAGUGGAAAACAGAAGCUUCAAAUGCUCGACGAACCCUGGCCUCCCGUGGCAAGAAUGAAAACAAAUUGCCCACAGAAGGAGACAUGAAUUCUUCCAUGACAUCAUCCAUAUUGAGUACAGAUAGUCUGGAUGAUCCUGUAUAUAAGCUAGAGUUCCAUGCGUUUCGUGAUCAAGUGCAGCAGACCUUCGAUGUCCAUAUGAAGACAAUUAUGCAGAUUUUUGAAGAAAAAUGUAAAAAAGGUAGCAAGGAUGUUGAAGAGCAUCUGAAGAAAGAAAUUAGUGAAUUGGAAAAGCAACUGACCAUCACCAAAGAUGAGUUAUCUUACUACCAUCUUUUGCUCAGCAAAGACGAGGGUGCUGCAGCAAAAGAAAAAGACUUGUCAUUUCUAGAGGAUGCCAAGUAUGUAGAGGAAAGAGCAACUUUGGAGAAAGAUAGGCAGGAGCUAGCAAAAGAAAAGAAAUUGCUGCACCAGGAGCGUGACAAAUUCACAGAGGCUGCCAUCAGACUUAACAGAGAAAGAGCAGCAUUUGAAGUUGAGAAGGUUGAGCUGCUGAGGCAACAAUUUCUCCAGGAGUUGCCACCAACACUUACCGACAUGUGUGCUGAUGCAACAACAAGUGGUCAUGAAAGUGGUGGUAGCUUAUCAAGUGGAAGUAUUGGUGAUUUAUUAGACUCCCCUCAGCGAAAAGUGGCUGUGCCAAACAUUACCCCUCCAAGAGGAAAUGUCACAUUCAUUCAGAGUUCACCUGUUGUUUUGGGUCCGACUAGACUCCCAAAGCAGCAGCAACCUGAUGAUUGCUCUAAUGCCCAAAAUCGAAAGGCAUCUUCUGUCUUCCGUAUGAAAUCUGCCCCAACAAGUAGAGCACCCUCUGUCCCACGACACAAAGAAGUAGAAACACAAGCUUUAGGUUAUAGUGUGUCCAGUGGUGUCUGUCCUUCCAGCGUUCGUCCACACACCUUGGAAAGAGCAAAGCGGCGAUCACUCUCAGGGACAUCUACUCCGCUUUAUAGAAGUCAGAGCCGAGGUGAUUUGACAAAGGAUUGCUGUCAGGAAAUCAGUAGGCAUGGGAUAUUUUUAUUACCUUCACAAAGAGAAGGAGAAGCCUUACUAUGCAAAAGGAAAUCAAACUUUCGAGAUCAUAAACAUUCACACAUUGCCAACAAAGAAGGCUUGAAUACUUUAUCUGCAAGUUAUCAAAAAGACACACUGCACCAUGGUGUGGGUUCAAAGCCAUCCAGAUCUACCAGGAAAUUAAACAUGCCUCUUUACAGGAAUGAUGGUAAAUAUUUCCAAGAAGAUCAAUAUGAUGAUGAUGAUCAUGAUCAUGAUGUUAAUGACUAUAUGGUGGCUCAAGCAGAAAGUGCUAACACCUCACUAAACACCUUCGAAACAGAGCUUAUUAGUUUAAUGAACCAAAUCACUCAACAACAAGAGGAACAGAGCACAAAGUCACACAUUGACUGUCCUCCAUCUUACGAACAGGUUACACAACCAAAGGCACUUCCAAGAAAUAGUCUCUCGCUCCACAGCAGUGCACCAGGGAGUUUGUGUGGAAGUAGGAGAUCUAGCCGAGAUGUUAGUGCCCCAAGGGAGUAUUUGAAAGGAAUAUACAGACAGAAAACUAAGAAAUGAAAAGAAUCAAAAUUAAAAUAGAUCUAUGGUGAAAUUGAUGAAGCGUAUUCAAAAAAUCAAUGCAAGUUAGAUUUAAAUGUCUUGUAUCUCGAGUUGAUAAUUAUCAGACGUGCAUAUAUAUAUACAGUAUAUGCCCAUUGCACAAUAGAUAAGUGUAUAGUAAUAGUCUCCAUAAGCUUUAUCAUAUUUUGGAACAUUUUCUUACAGAAGAAGAAUGCUUAAUAUUUACUUGUCUUAGAGAUUGCCUUGCAAGUUCCAUUUUAAAAUAUUUAUGUUAGUACUCAGUAUUACAUUCAAGUCAUUAGUAUAUUUCACAGUUUGUUUCUUUUACAUUUAUAUUCAUAUGUCAUGCUUUUUAGUCACUUGUGUACUUGCCUUAUAAUAAUGAUUUUUCUUUUACCAGAUAUUCUAAGUAUAAACUCAUUGUUUCAAUAGCUGUGAAAAUCAGUCUGAAUAUUGCAAAAUUUAUAUAUUUCAUUAAUGUUAAAUAAUGUGAUCUAAACAAAUUUAGGCUGACCAGAGAGGGUGGGUAGGGUUAAGCUAUGUAAUUUGUAUUCCAUUAAUUUAAAAAAGGUUAAAUGAGGAUGCUGUUACUUUUGGUGCAAAAAUUAAAAUUUAUAUGCCCUAUUAAUUUACAGAUAUUUAUCUAUAAAUGCAAAGAGAAAGUUUUAGAAGAAGAUGUAUUUUUAGUUGAGUUUGACUUGUUUAACCAAAUCUUAUUAUAAAGCAUGCCAUAAAAUAUGCUCUACUGUGUAUAGUAUACAUAUACAUGUACUAUAUUUACAGUAUAUGGUGUACAUAUUUUGUAUUAUGAUUUCAUAAUUUUAUAGAUUCUCAUUUUUUACAUAGUAGAUUGCUGUGUAGAAUUGUCCACCACUAGAUCUAGGCUUUGUGUGAGACAACAGAACUAUUCUUGUAGUUGUAUUAAGACUUCAACAUGCAUGAUUUGCAAUGUUUGGCUUCCAACACCAUGCAAGCUCUCUUUCUGUUUUAUAUAUUGCUUCAGUCAGGGACAGAUCUACUGUGAAAUUAAUGAAGCUUAAGCUUCAGGGCCCCUAAUCCUAGAGGGCCCCCAGAAGCAACUUUAGUCCACAUUGCUUAAAAAUUUUGGGUCUUCUGUAUGAGAAGAGGUUGUAAAGGGGCCCCAUAACAAUUCAAGCUUCAGGGCCCUCAAAAUGUAGGUCUGCCACUAGCUUCACUUGUUGAACUCUAGUGAGAACAAACUGAGGUUGUGGUAUGCACUAUAUUUGUAGUACAUUAAAGUCCAGCUAAUUCUGGAGAAAAAAAAUUCAUUA